AUGAACAUAUCAAACUCCCUGGCCUCGCUGCUUCCAUUAUCCCCAUGGGAUCAAAACAGGAUCAACCCUACAGGUAUCCCAUACAACUUCUCUGAGCACUGUCAGGACUCCAUGGACCUGAUGAUUUUCAUCAUUGCUUCCUACAGCAUCGAGACCGUUGUGGGCAUCCUGGGCAACCUCUGCCUGAUCUGUGUGACCAUCAGGCAGAAAGAGAAGGCCAAUGUGACAAACUUGCUCAUCGCCAACUUAGCCUUCUCUGACUUCCUUAUGUGCCUCAUCUGCCAGCCGCUUACUGCCAUCUACACCCUAAUGGACUAUUGGGUCUUUGGUGAGGCCCUGUGCAAGAUGUCAGCCUUCAUCCAGUGCAUGUCAGUGACAGUCUCCAUCCUUUCACUUGUCCUUGUGGCCCUGGAGAGGCAUCAGCUAAUCAUUAACCCUACAAGCUGGAAGCCCAGUGUGUCCCAGGCCUACCUGGGUAUAGGGGUCAUCUGGCUCAUUGCUGGCUUCCUGUCAUUGCCCUUCCUGGUCCACAGUGUCCUGGAGAAUGUCUUCCAUAGGAACCACUCCAGGGCCCUGGAAUUCCUGGCAGAUAAGGUGGUCUGUACUGAGUUGUGGCCACUGGACCAGCACCGUAUUGUCUAUACUACUUGCCUGCUGCUCUUCCAGUACUGUGUCCCACUGGCCUUCAUUCUGGUCUGCUACAUGCGCAUCUACCAGCGCCUGUGGAGGCAGAGGCAUGUGUUCGGCAAGGGCACUGACCGCUUACGUGCCAGGCAGAUGAGGCGGGUCAAUAGAAUGCUGGUGGCUAUGGUAGCCACCUUUGCUGUGCUCUGGCUGCCCUUGCAUGUGUUCAACAGUCUGGAGGACUGGUACCAUGAAGCCAUCCCCAUCUGCCAUGGUAAUCUCAUCUUCCUGGUGUGCCACCUGCUCGCCAUGGCCUCUGCUUGUGUCAACCCUUUUAUCUAUGGUUUCCUCAAUACCAAUUUCAAGCAGGAUGUCAAGGCUUUGGUGCUAACUUGCAAGCAGAGUGCACCUGUGGAAGAAUGCCAGCACCUGCCCCUGUCCACGAUGUACACAGAAGUCUCUAGAGGAUCUUUGAGGUUCAGUGGUGGGUCCAAUCCCAUCUAG